GGAAGGAGGAUUACAAUUCAGCAUGGAAGAUGAGCUUUCAGGCGACUUGCUGGGCAACGUCUUACGACCACCUUCACUGCGUGUUAGCAGAAGUUCAAGGACGAGCCGAUCAGUUUCAAGUCCUCAUGGGUCUCCAUCGUUCAGGAGGCAGCAUUCUCUGACCGUGAGGACUCCAAGGAAGGAUGAAGACUCCAGUUUACUGUUCCGGUGGUUUUACUGGUUGCCGAGAUAUUUCAAUCGGAGGUUACCGUGGGUGUUUCUCAUCGCACUUUGGGUCUUUCUGGUUUUUAAGGUGUACUCUAAGGAUCCGGCCACAGUUGAGAACGUGAUAGCGGAAGAUGGUGAGGAAUUGAGACGACAUGUUGCAUUGAGGAGUCGAAGUGACGAGAAUUCCGUGAAGUCGGGGCUGUCGAGACUGGCUAGAGAUUGGAUCUGGCUUGGCUACAUGAAGAAGAACAGGACCGCUCCUCUUUUGCCAGGGACUACUCAAGUCGAGUCUGAUAUUAUCGAGCACCGAAGGACUUUCCAGUACAUACAAAAUUCUUCCGACAUGAAUUUCAAGAGGUUUCAAGCUCUGCAAUCUGGAGAUUACUUUCUUGGUAGAGUUGUCGGCCCUUACGACGAAUUGGAACAGAAGUUUCUGGGAAUGUCGACCGAGAAGAAGACACCAGCUCGAACAUGCAGCUCAGACGAAGGCCGUUUCAAGGAGUUCGCGAGCGGCAAACGUGUAGUCGUGCUAAUGCACGAACUCUCGAUGACUGGAAGUCCUCUGGCAAUGAUGGAGCUUGCGAGCGAGAUAAUUGGUUGCGGUGGAAAAGUCUCCGUGGUGGUUCUUGAUAGAAGAGGUGGUCUACUAAACGAGCUCGUUCAAAGAAGAAUUCCCGUUCUGGCAGACAAGGCAGCAAAGAGCUGGAGGGCAGCAGCAAAGGCCGAUCUCGUCAUCGCUGGCUCAGCUCUAUGUGCCUCAUGGAUUGGAGAGUACCUCAGAUAUCACAAGAAAGGAGCUAGCAAAGUUGUCUGGUGGGUGAUGGAAAACCGCCGGUUGUACUUCGAUCGUUCGAAGCGGAUUCUUGAUAAAGUCCGGGCACUGGUUUUUCUCUCCAAGACCCAAGCAGACCAAUGGAGAGAAUGGAGCAGGGGAGAGAACAUAAGCCUCCCUUCAUUGACGACUAUCGUGAGCCUGUCAGUAAACGAUGCCGUUCUCUCCGCAGCAGGGAUAGACGACGCCCUGAAGAUGGCAAAGCUGAGGGAAGAGGUGAGAAAAGAUCUGGGCUUGAAACCGGACGACGUACUUCUUGCUACGUUGAGCAGCAUCAAUCCAGGGAAAGGACAGCUUAUAGCUCUAUAUGCGGCUGCGAGUGUGAUGGAGCAAAAGAUGAAUCAGUCCACGGCGUCGAAUCUCAAGCUUCUCAUUGGAUCAGUCGGUUCUAAGAGUAACAAGCAGGAGUAUGUUGAGAAGAUGCUGAGCUUUCUACACCAGCAUCCAGCGCUAGCAGACUCCGUUUUGUGGACUCCAGCAAGUGUGUCAGUUUCUGCUCUAUACGCUGCAGCCGAUGCGUACAUCAUGAACGCACAGGGCAUAGGAGAAACUUUUGGUAGAGUUACUGUCGAAGCCAUGGCCUUUGGAUUGCCAAUUUUGGGGACGGAUGCGGGUGGAACCAAAGAGAUCGUAGACGCAAACGUCACUGGCCUUCUCCAUCCCGUGGGAAUCAAAGGCGCGCAAGCACUUGCCCAGAACGUUCUGGUUUUACUGAGGAGUCCCGCUUUGAGAAAGCAAAUGGGUGGGAAAGGCAGGGACAAAGUUAAAGAGCUUUACACACAGGCGGCAAUGUACGAGAAGUUAGCUGGAGUAUUCACAAAUUUGUAACCUUCUUCCAGUGACGUACCGUGCAUAAUAGCAUGACCUCUGUUUUUUUA